UCAGCUGACACCACAUGGAAGGUAUGCAUGCUUUUAUUUAUUUAUUUUUAACAUCUGUACAAAUUCUUUUUUCCUAACCUUGUCAGAGUGGUUUGCAUGCCAGGUUUCCCUUGGAACCUAACACCUCAGUGUGUACCUUAGAUAUAGCCUCUCACAAAACCACAGUACAGGACACUUACCAAGGUGAGGUAACAGAGAAGUGACACACGAUUGUCCUCCUUGACACAGUCCCCCCCAGCCCAGGAUCCUAUCUUGCCUUCUGUCACCGCGUCCUUCCGUUUAGUCAUGUGGAUGGGCUCUGAAGCCCUUCUUUUCUCCCUAGAUAGGGUCUAUGGCUUGCAGCCAUAUAGUGGCGCAAACAGUCACAAUGCCACGGGCCAGGGAAGAGCCAUCUGUACCCCACAUGUGGUAUGCCACGACACACGGCACUGGCAGUAUUCCAACUGCAGCUGUGUCGCUCCAGUCCAAUAACAAGUGGCCACGUUUGUGGAGGCAGCAGGCGGCAGGGCAGACACCAGAGCAAGCGACCUUCUCUGGGAGAGUCGCAGAGGGCCUUCGCCAGGGCUGUCUCAGCUACUCCGGAUCCAGUGUCUCGGGAGCCACCAGAAUCGGGUUCCGGAGCGCUCUGGUGGAGGGUAACAGGGCGCCAGGACGCAGUGCCAUCGGCACAUCCGCGCCCGUUCUGUCACCACCCGGGAGAGGAGGAGGCUAGUCCCAGAGGCUCGAGGGACCUGCGGGAGGCGCCGCCCAGCAAGCAGGCGCGGUGCUCGGGGUAAGGGGCACCCACCACCACCAGCAGCAGCAGCAGCAGCAGCUCGCGCGCGCUCAUUCAUUCAUUCAUUCAUUCCUGCGUGCAUUCAGUAGCUGAUUCGGCCGCCACAUCAGGAGCCGCCCAGCCACGCCGCUCUCCUAGCCCGACCAAGGGCCCGAGCCCUAGAAGGCUGGGCGACCCCAGAGCGCGGGUAUCGGGCACAGAGCUGCAGUCCUCCUACUGCCCAGAGCGCUCAAGAAGUGCCAUGGGGCGGGGUCGGGAGCGGCGUCGCUUCCGGGCCUGGCGGAGACAAGCGGCACCGCCCUCCUGGACCUUGGGCCGCCCAGGUAAGCCCUGCGGGCGGAGCGGGGAUUUUCGGCUCCUGAGCCCUGUGGGCCAAGCCGUCCCAGCCUUGCUCCCGAGGCCGGCCGCGGGGCGGAGCCCGAGGAUGCGCCUCUUGCCGAGGCUUGCUUUGUGGUCCGCGUUCUUGGCGUUUGCCACACUUCUCGCCACCCUGCGCAGGGCUUUGUCGGGUGGGUCAGGAUUCUUAUGUGUUGCCAGUGCUUCCCCUUUUUGUCUGUGCCCGUUACCCUUUCUCACGUAGUUAGGUUCGUCAGACUUAACCUUGGCUGCCAAGAUCAGAAAAAUAAUUCCGCUGUCUGAACGUGCCCUGUGCUGAUACCCUGUUCUAUUUGAUUCCUGAUUUUAUAUUCAAUCCUUUAUAAGUAUCAAGAAAAAUGUAUGGAAAUUUCUGUAGACGACUGGGGAUUGAAAGUCUGUGAAGAAUCACGACCUUGCCGUCAGCUCUGCAUCUGCAUGCAGGGUGCAGGCAGCAGCCAGAACCUGCUGCAGGGCCUCGAACAUCACUCCUUGGGGUGACCUUGGUCAGGACCUCAGGAGCGCUGAGCAGGACACAAGCCGAGCUAGUGUUCUGCAAGGUGCAGCAGGCAGAGAACUGCCAGGCCUGAUCUCCAGAUGCCAAGGAGAGAGAGACCCUGAUGGAGUCCCCUACAGGUGGGGGCACGAGGGACACACGCAGUCAGCCUGAGGAGUUGGGAAAGGACCCUCCUGGAGGGAGGGAAGGGGACAGUUUAGGAACUUGGCCCCCAGCCAUCUGCCCAUCUGAAGAUACACAGAGUGGCCAGGCUGCUGGGUGUACCACCCCAGCUGCUGGGCAGGCAGAGCACAGCACCCAGCAGAAAACUCCAGCAGGAGGAUACAGUGGCCAGGCUGUGCCAGAACCACUACAGGGGUCUCCCGAGGCCCUGCGGGAAGCUAUAGAGAGGCCCAGAGAGGAGCCCCAAGGAAGGGGCAUUUUCGAGGUACCUGAAGGGCAGAAUGGAGGUGGGCGCAGUGCACCCAGGACAGAAGUAGCUGGGAAGGUGGGCCCAGCCCGAGGACAACCUUACCUGUGUACCACCUGUGGCCAGAGCUUCAAGUGCUCCUCGGAUGCAGUGAAGCAGCCGAGCACGCACUCAGGGCGGAGGCCGUUCGAGUGCGGUGACUGCGGGAAAGGCUUCGUCCACAGCACACACGUGCUCCAGCACCAGAGAAGCCACAGCAGGGAGCGGCCCUACGUGUGCCAGGAGUGCGGCAAGGCCUUCGGCCAGAGCUUCAACCUAAUCCGGCACCAGCGAGUGCACACGGGAGAGAGGCCCUACGAAUGCACUGAGUGCGGCAAGGCCUUUGGUCAGCGCUCUGAUGCUGUCAAGCACCGCCGCAUCCACACGGGCGAGCGACUGUACGCGUGCAGCGACUGCGGCAGGACCUUCGUCCACAGCUCCAACGUCGUCCGGCACCGCAGAACGCACCACGCAGAGAACCCGUUCGAAUGCCGGGAGUGCGGCCAGGCCUUCAGUCAGAGCUCCAACCUCCUGCAGCACCAGCGCGUGCACACGGGGGAGCGGCCCUUCGCCUGCCGGGACUGCGGCCGCGCCUUCAGCCGCAGCUCUUUCCUCCGCGAGCACCGACGCAUCCACACAGGCGAGAAGCCCUACGAAUGCAGCCAGUGCGGACGCUGCUUCCGCGCACUGUCCGGAUUCUUCCGGCACCGCCGCGUUCACACGGGCGAGAAGCCCUUCCUGUGUGCGGAGUGCGGCCACGCGUUCCGCCUCAGCUCGCACCUCCUGCAGCACCGCCGGGUGCACGGCUCCGAGUGAGUCCGGGGGAGAGGCGUUUGGAGGCCCGUGUCCUCAUACAGACAGCAAGGAAAACAAUAACGCCCCCCGCUGCUUGGAAAUCCUGAGUGUGGUCCACGCCUCGUUCGGAAGCCAUGUGAGGAGGGUCACAGGUGGGAGGCGGUAGGAUUUACUUGAGACCAGCAAUAUGAGACCAGGUUACUCCAGCAGCAAAGCGGGAUUCUGACCAACCCACAAAAGAAAAAAAAAAAAAAAAAA